AUGUCUGCCCAAGAAGAAUUCAAUGCCCUCGUGAAUAACAAUCGCGACAGAUUCACUUCUCACCCAGACGAUCACGACGAACCCCACUUCUCUGACGAAAACGACUCUGACUCCGACGCUCCUCCCCGCAACCUGCGCCAACGCCACACCGUCGACUCCUCAGACGAGGACGAAGAUUUCGACGACGACAUGGUUUCCUCUACCAACUACCACAUUCCCAAGAACACUUUCGAGGCCAAUACCGGUCCUAAGGGUGUUAUUGCCGACGCCCAGGCCUUUGAGCGUGCACGCAAGAAGUCUUUCCGUAGGACUUUGCUUAAUGCCGCGGGCUUUGAUCAGAAUGGCCCCGCCUUUUCGGCUAAGCCUGAGCCUCAGCCUCCUGUGACGGAUGGGUCUUCGGGCAGUGAGGAUGAGGAGGAGCGCUUUUUACAAAAGUGGCGUGCUUCGCGUAUGCAAGCUUUGCAGAAUCGCCAGGCCCGGCGCCCCUCACCCCGCGGACGUCACUACGGUCAGGUCGACAUUGUUGAUGCUGCGGGUUACCUUGAUGCUAUCGAGAAGGUGACUUCUGGUACUGUUGUUGUGGUUUGUCUUUAUGAUCCCAAGUCUGAUGAGAGUGCCAUUGUGGAAGAGUGUCUCAACACUAUCGCCCGCAGACAAGCCACUACUCGCUUUGUCAAGCUGCACCAUGAAAUUGCUGAGAUGGAUCACAUCCAAGCCCCGGCUUUGCUGGCUUACCGUGCCGGCGAUGUCUUCGCUACCAUUACGGAUAUUAUCCACAACAUUCCUCGAGGUCGGCCCUGCAGCGCAGACAGCCUAGAGGAUCUGUUGAAGCUGAACCGCGUGUUCUAA